AUCCUGGGGGAGGAUGAUGAACUUCCCAACCCCACACUCUUCACAGAGAUGGACACUCUGCAGCACGACGGGGAGGAGAUGGAGUGGAAGGAGUCAGCCAGGUGGAUCAAGUUUGAAGAAAAGGUGGAGGAAGGAGGGGAGAGGUGGAGCAAGCCCCACGUGUCCACCUUGUCCUUGCACAGCCUGUUUGAGCUACGGACAUGUCUGCAGACAGGAACAGUUCUCCUGGACUUAGAUGGCUACUCCUUGCCCCAGAUCAUAGAUGAGGUGAUUGAGAAGCAGAUUGAGGACGGGCUGCUGAAGGCAGAGCUGCGGGAGAAGAUAAGCUACGUGCUCCUCAGGAAGCAUCGUCACCAAACCAAGAAACCCAUCCACAGGUCCUUGGCUGACAUUGGCAAGUCUGUCUCCUCCAACACAGCCCGCAGCCCCGUCCGGAGCCCGGCUGCCGGCGCCGCCUUCCACCGCUCCACCGAGGACCUGAGGAUGCGGCAAAGCGCCAGCUACGGCCGCCUGCGUCACGCUCAGAGCCGGAGCAUGAACGACAUCUCGGACACGCCGAGCACCGACCAGCUGAAGAACAAGUUCAUCAAGAAGAUCCCCAAGGAUGCAGAGGCCUCCAAUGUGCUAGUGGGAGAAGUGGAGUUCCUGGAGAAACCUUUUGUGGCUUUCGUGCGUCUCCUGCAGGCCACGAUGCUGGGGGGGGUGACAGAGGUGCCCGUCCCCACCAGGUUCCUCUUCAUUCUCCUUGGUCCUGCUGGAAAAGCCAAAUCUUACAACGAGAUCGGCAGAGCCAUCGCAACCCUCAUGGUGGAUGAUCUCUUCAGUGAUGUUGCCUACAAAGCCCGGGAUAGAGAAGACCUGAUUGCUGGCAUAGAUGAGUUUCUGGAUGAAGUCAUUGUCCUGCCACCUGGCGAGUGGGACCCCAACAUUAGGAUUGAACCACCCAAAAAAGUGCCCUCAGCUGAGAAGAGGAAAUCAGUUUUCUCCCUGAAUGAAGUGGGGCAGAUGAACGGCACGGCUGGGGGAGCGGGUGCCGGGGGUGGUGGAGGAGGCAGCGACGAUGGGGAGAUGCCUGAAGUUCAUGAAAUUGGAGAAGAACUCGCCUGGACGGGCAGGUUUUGUGGUGGCCUCUACUUGGAUAUCAAGAGGAAGCUGCCCUGGUUCCCCAGCGACUUCUAUGAAGGUUUUCAUAUCCAGUCCAUUUCUGCCAUCUUGUUCAUCUACCUGGGCUGCAUCACCAAUGCCAUCACCUUUGGGGGCUUGCUGGGGGAUGCUACAGACAACUACCAGGGGGUCAUGGAGAGCUUCCUUGGCACAGCCAUGGCAGGCUCCAUGUUCUGCCUCUUCGCCGGGCAGCCACUCAUCAUCCUCAGCAGCACUGGCCCCAUCCUCAUCUUUGAGAAACUGCUCUUCGACUUCAGCAAAGGCAACGGCAUCGACUACAUGGAAUUCCGCCUCUGGAUCGGUCUGCACUCUGCCUUCCAGUGCCUUAUCCUGGUGGCCACUGAUGCCAGCUUCAUUAUAAAAUACAUCACCCGCUUCACUGAGGAAGGCUUCUCCACCCUCAUAAGCUUCAUCUUCAUCUACGACGCCAUCAAGAAGAUGAUUGGAGCCUUUAAGUACUACCCCAUCAACUCCGACUUCAAGCCCGACUACGUCACCAUGUACAAGUGCGAGUGCAUCGCCCCCGACCCAGCCAACGCAACCUUGUUUGAUGCUUCAGCUCCAGUGGCACCAAACACCACUAACACUUCUCUGUACAAUGCUAUUAACCUAACAGCUCUGGACUGGACUCAGCUGAGUAAGAAGGAAUGUCUCAAAUACGGCGGGAGCUUAGUGGGAAAAUCCUGUAAAUUUGUGCCUGACCUGGCCCUCAUGUCCUUCAUCCUCUUCUUUGGGACCUACUCCAUGACUUUGACCUUGAAAAAAUUCAAAUUCAGUCGCUAUUUCCCCACCAAGGUCAGGGCUUUCAUUGCUGAUUUUUCCAAUGUUUUCUCCAUCCUCAUCUUCUGUGGAGUCGAUGCCUGCUUUGGACUGGACACCCCCAAGCUCCACAUCCCCAGUAUCAUCAAGCCCACCCGCCUGGACCGAGGGUGGUUUGUGUUUCCCUUUGGAAAGAACCCCUGGUGGGUCUACCUGGCCAGUGCCCUGCCUGCCCUCCUGGUCACCAUCCUCAUCUUCAUGGACCAGCAGAUUACAGCUGUCAUUGUCAACAGGAAGGAGCACAAGCUGCGGAAAGCUGCUGGCUACCACCUGGACCUCUUCUGGGUGGGCAUUCUCAUGGCUGUCUGCUCCUUCAUGGGGCUGCCCUGGUACGUGGCAGCCACCGUCAUCUCCAUCGCCCACAUCGACAGCUUGAAGAUGGAGACAGAGACCAGUGCCCCGGGGGAGCAGCCCCAGUUCUUGGGGGUCAGGGAGCAGAGGGUGACGGGCAUCAUCGUCUUCGUGCUGACGGGGGUUUCAGUCUUCCUGGCCCCAAUCCUGAAGUACAUCCCCAUGCCCGUGCUCUAUGGUGUCUUUCUCUACAUGGGGGUCGCGUCGCUCAAUGGCAUCCAGUUCUGGGACCGCUGCAAGCUCUUCCUCAUGCCAGCCAAGCACCAACCCGACUACGUCUUCCUGCGCCACGUCCCCUUGCGCCGCAUCCACCUCUUCACCCUGGUGCAGAUCAUCUGCUUGGCUGUCCUUUGGGUCCUCAAAUCCACCGUGGCUGCCAUCAUCUUCCCUGUCAUGAUUUUAGCCCUGAUCCUGGUGAGGAGGCUGCUGGAUUUUGUCUUCUCCCAACAUGACCUGGCUUGGAUUGACAACAUCAUCCCCGAGAAGGAGAAGAAGAAAGAGGAUGACAAGAAGAAGAAGAAAAAAGGCAACAAAGGAGACAGCAGCAGCGAAGAGGAGUUCCCACCUCCCUCAGUCAUUAAGAUCCCCAUGGAGCCCCUGCCACCGCAGCCCCGCAACGGGGGUCCCCAUUGCCUCAGCCGAAAGAGGUCCUCCACCUGGAGCUUUGCGUUCUGAUCCUUCCCCAAAUGGUUCAGACCUGGAUCGCAGUAUCACGCUUCACUUGAAGAUUUCCUGCCCUUCCUCUCCUGCAUUUAACUACUCCCGAAACCCCAUCUGC